CAGUUUGUUUAUAAAGAACAAUGGCGACACCUUUGAUGUUGUGAAGGACUUACCCCACUUUAUCUUCCAUUUACUCCACUCACAGUCAUCUGGGCCUUGCCUAUACCGACAGCCAAUAUGGACACCGACAUCGGAUCCCUGACACUGCCCCAGCCUUCGACGGAACUCCCAGACAUUGCCCAGUUUCUCAGUAUUUACAUGUCGGAGGAGGACAGUCUGGCGCUUCAGGAGGGUAAACAGCCCCCACAAGCGAGUCAGGUGAUGCAACAUAGUGUCUUUGGGGUCGGGGACACACUAGCCGCGGCGCCGUCCAGAGACACCGACUUCAGUAUAAUGUCGCUGGUCUCUCAUAACCCCAACAACACUAUGGGUGAGCCGCAGGUGUUCAAGACGUACCCGAUGGCCGCUCCUCUCGCCGCGGGUCAGGUGCCCGUACGUACGCCGGCGAUGCCCAAGGUCCUGCCCACGAUCAAGGCAAAUCAGGAUCAGACCAAACGCCCCGUCGGCCAGGAUCAGGGGAAACGUCACCUGUGCGAGAUCUGCACCAAGUCCUUCUCCCGCUCUGACAAGCUCACCCUCCACCGCCGCACGCACACCGGGGAGAAGCCCUACGCCUGCUUCUGCGGCAAGAGAUUCGCCCGCAGCGACCACCUCAAGAUCCACGCCCUAAAGCACAAGAUCAACCCAGAAGUCCGCCGCGCCAUGCUGCUCGAGGCCAAAAAUAACAAACAGAUCGGGACUUCCGUGAAGAUCCAAGAGACCGGCAUCGUCCAGAAGCAGCGUACGGACGUGGGCAUCCAGGUGAAGAGCGAAGACAUCCUCAACAUAAAGGAGGAGCCGGCGGAAAACAGCGACCAGCUCAACAGCCAGACCUUCGACGACGUCAACAAACAGGAGUGCAACAUCUGCCAGAAGGUGUUUGGCUCCAUCUACAAACUGUCGCGACACCUGCGCACCCACACGGGGGAGAAGCCCUACGUGUGCUUCUGCGGCGACCGCUUCAGUCGCUCGGACGUCCUCCGCAUACACCAAAAGUCCAAACACAUUCCCUACUGCACGGAGGUGUACCAGCACCCGGGCGGGGAGACCGUCCACCAGGCGGCGCCGGUCGCCCCCAAACCCAAGGCCAAGAAGACCAAAGUGAUGAAGUCCGACGGCAUCUACACCUGCGAGUACUGCGCCAAGGAGUUCAAGGCCGGGUACAAGCUGACCGUCCACCUCAGGUACCACACCGGGGAGAAACCCUACGUCUGCGACUUCUGCGGGAAGGCCUUCGCCAGGAGAGACCACAUGAAAAAACACCGGAAGAUCCACACCAAGUGAGCGGUGGCGCCAUAAAGUGUAUUAGGGACGAUGAAGGGGUAAAGUUCACUCUAGCAUUAUAAGAAAUAUUUUUAUAGUUUCGUAUUUAACAGACAAUAUAUAAUGUACUGUACCAACGGCUUAACAACAAACACUGUACCAAUGUUCUGUUAUUAAUGUGAGUAUUAUUCAUUUGUUCAGAGGGUCAACCAGAGCAGUGAAGGUCUUGUGUUGCUUCUACAUCACUUGUGUUGAGUCUCUCACUUGUGUUGGGUCUCUCACUUGUGUUGCGUCUCACUUGUGUUGAGUCUCUCACUUGUGUUGGGUCUCUCACUUGUGUUGGGUCUCUCACUUGUGUUGCGUCUCUCACUUGUGUUAUGUGUCUCACUGGAGGGAACAACUAGACCUCCUCACACGUUGAUAUUUAUUCAGUAAAAUUAUCACCAAGAGUUUAGGUUGGUUCAUUGUGGGUGUAAACAGUAUAUAGUUCAGCAUAUAUACAAACAGUGUACCUAGACAGUGUAGGUAUAUAAUUCAUCACUCAUAUACAGUAUAGUUAAACUUUGGUGUUUAAUCUUCAAUUAAUAACAACAUGGGGUCAUUAUAUUAACACUGAAAUAGUUAAUUAUCAAGCAAGUAAACCCUGAGUUGCGUUGUCUUCAGGUGACUACAAGAACCGCUGCCCUAAGCUGGUAAUGCCCUAGAUGUUAUUUAUAAUCCUAACUAUUUAUAAAUCUUCUUAACUUGACUCUUAACUGUUGGAUUUUGUAAGUGACUUCUGUAGUGUGUUGUUGAUAUUUUAAUACAGUACUCUGAAAUUAUACCCCAGUCGAGAUUUGACGCACAGGAGAUUAUUUAAGCGAAGAUUAAAGUCUCGAACAACGGUGGAAUAGUCGACGAGGCGUUCAAGAAAAAAUAGACCAGAUCUUCAGUGUCGUUUUAUUUAAAGUGAUAUGAAUUUAUUUAAAGUGUCGGGGGGGAGGGAGGGAGGGGUUUACACAUGAAGGUCAACACGGCGAGGAUCUCGACGUGUCUCGUUUGUGUGUCUAGCUAAACCAUGUUCUUCAAAGACAGUUUAAAAGUUGUGAGUCGAUUUUGAUAAGAAUUUUUUAUUUUGUAUAAGAUGAAGAAAAAUGCAGCUUUGAAUGUACUGAAUUGUGUCCCCUUGUGAUGUAUUAAUACUAAAGCAACUCGGCCGUGGAUUCUUAUAAGAUCGUGCGGUUAAUUGCCCUCCCAGUCGUUAGCUGGAGAUUUGGAACGUAUCCGACCACCUCGUUUAACCUUGAAACACACCUCAUUGGUCUAGUAAGCGCUCCACACGCACUUAAUAUUCUCCCUUAAUGGACGGUGAUAAGUUAUUUAACCCAAGACAAACGUAUUUAAAGUCACCAAGACCCGGUACUGUGCAAAAUAACCUCCGAGAUUAUACCCUAAGCUGAUGUGUUUUCCGAUCUCCGGCUAUGAGGGAGAAGGACCAUAAACACAUCGGUCAGAAUCCAGGUCGGGUCGGCUGGCCAACAUGGGGACGAUUAUUUUAUGGGGGGUUUAACGUUGUUGGUAAUUUGAUCACAGGGACACAAUUCAGUAGUUAUCUUGUUACUAUUGUAUUCUAGUGACAGAUCUAUUGUAUACUAGUGACAGAUCUAAGUUUUAUUAUGCAAUGCCAUCUAAACACUCGCUGUCUCGGGGGAAUUGUUCAUGUGCCAACUGGGGGUUUUGUGUGUUGAUCGCAUGAAUGUUUUGAUUACAACGGCAAUAUUGUCUUUUUGUGUACGAGGACAGUGUUUUUGUUCCGAUGUACAGUAUUGUCUCUGCUUAUUGAUCUGUCACCCGUGGACAAUGUUCCCACAAUCAUCUUUUUGAUCGACACGAAAAAUCUCCCCAAGUCGGAAUGUACAUUUUUCCGAGUCCAUGUUUACGGUGUACUUUUAGGUUGUCGGUUUAACCCCAUACCUGCCAGUCACUAGCUUAUUAUCUCUCUGGUGUCUUAUAUGUGUGUGUGUGUUUUUACCCUCGUUAAAGUCGCUCAUUUCUUGGGUUCGUAAUCAGUCGGGUCAGAGAGUCACGCCAGAAUCCCAACCUUUCAGAAUUGUCCUAAAGCCGAAUAUUGUACAGAAUUGUGAUAUUAAAAUAGUUCAAAGUCUUAUUAUGUCGAGGUAAUGUUUUUUCCUUCCAUCGUUGUCGUUUUAUUGUGUGUGUUUUUACGGUCGUUAUUCCCCAUUUGGUUUACCGUUGCUGCGCCACACGAACCCACUAUCACGUCCCUCGCACAAAUUCGCUCGACUUAUACGACUCGGUCUGUCGACGACUCUCUGGCCCGAUCUGCACCGAGUCUGGGAAGAUCUCCGAACUUAAAGAGACGUCCGGUAUGGGGUGCCCGACCGACCGGCUCUUGAGAAUAUUUUUUAACCUUGUAAUGAAUGAGUCGUGACCCAAGGCAGCAGAGAGAUGAUAGACGUGUAAUGUAAUAUAAACGUGACCUUAUUAAAUAUGUAUAUAAGCUUCAAUAUGGGGGGGGGAGGGUGUUUGUGAACCGAUCGGUCAAUUGUGUCCCGGACGCUGUCGUUUCGCACCUAACGACCGGGACAGCUCACAUAUACAGAUCGGUCGUUAGGGUGACGACGGAUCAACACACAGUCAGUGCCCUGGCUCCUCCACGUAACGGAACCAUUUCUCUUAAUUUUUAGUCGAUGUUAUGAUGACUACUGUACGCCUUUCCUGCGAUGCAAACGUACAGAUGCCGUUUCUUUGGUGAAUCGGACCACACGGACGGGAUAAUUCACUUCGGUGCAUUGAUCAGAAGCAGACGGGGGCGUUUGAUUGGUCGGUUACACAGUACUAAAGGUGUGUCGUGCACAUGACACUACUGUAUACCCUGGCAGUGUGUCGUGCACAUGACACUACUGUAUACCCUGGCAGUGUGUCGUGCACAUGACACUACUGUAUACCCUGGCAGUGUGUCGUGCACAUGACACUAUUGUAUACCCUGGCAGUGUGUCGUGCACAUGACACUACUGUAUACCCUGGCAGUGUGUCGUGCACAUGACACAACUGUAUACCCUGGCAGUGUGUCGUGCACAUGACACUACUGUAUACCCUGGCAGUGUGUCGUGCACAUGACACUACUGUAUACCCUGGCAGUGUGUCGUGCACAUGACACUACUGUAUACCCUGGCAGUGUGUCGUGCACAUGACAUUAUCAUACUAUAAAAUACUUAUAUAAUGAAUCAUAACAAUAUGUUACGAGAAAUAAGACAUUUUUGGGUGGUGUGUGGGGGAGAGACUAGGGUUAUUAUUUAUUAAUAAUAUAAUGAAUUUUAGUGAUAAAAGUCAAAACUUUGUACAGAUAAUUCCUACUAGACAUUAAAAACAACAUAAUUCAUCAUUUGAGUUUUAAAAUCAGAGUGUUUUUAAUUUUUAUAUAAAUUUCUCUUGUUAUUUAAUACUUUUUAGCUGUAUUCUGUUGUUAUUUUCUCAUUAAUGAUUUAAACAACAGUAAUAAUACUUUUUUAAUUGCAUUUUGUCGAUUUUGUCUCCGUAAUUGAUUUAGACUACAUUUUUCACGAGUCUGUCCAGAGUAUAAAAGUAUUCCACUGGGUAAUAAACAAUAAUUCCACCGUGUACAGCAGUGUUCUCACAGCGGUGGAUGGCUCAUGGUCUUAUUGACGUUUUAAAACAAUACUAAAAGUGCGAGAUGUAUUUGUAAUGAGACUAAAUUUUUCUGAGACACCAUUGAUUAAAGUUCAUUGCAUAUAUAGUAUCCUGUUACAUGUGGGCAGUUGUGUGGGCCCUUAGGUAACCCAUCCACCCAUUCCUGAGCUAACCCAUUCAGUCCCCUUCAAACUUUUUCUUCUUGGACAAUGUUAAAAAUGUAACGUUUGUUCCGGCAACUUUGUAAAAACACGAAAGAAAGUUUAGGUCAGGUUAGGUUGGUUAGGCUAUGGUGCAAAAUAUAUCGAGGGAAACAGAGUGGUAUUUCCAUGUCUUAAUAGGAACGUACGUAUAGUAAACUUGUAUAUUUCUCAUAUACAGUAGUUUGUAAAUAAAACUUUUCGAGUUUUACUUUGUUCUCAUAUCUUGUAAACCGCCGAUAAGUCUUCAAAGUUACCGAUACAAGUUUUUUUUUAAACUCAAAACCGAUCGAUAUCAAAAUAAUACAAAAUAUCCUAUAUACGAUAUUUUUCCGAAGACGAUGACCAUUUUCAGCGUUUUUCAACACAUUUGUGUCAUUAUUUAAAAAAACCUUUGUAUUAAACGUUUCAAAAGACAAUAUGAUUUUUUUUGGGUAAUUGUGUUAGUGUUUGUUGAUUCCUAACUCCGACAAUUAGAGCCGUUGUCAAUUAAUUUAUCGUACCCCUGACCUAAUUAAAUGUAUCCAUAAUUAACGUACAUCUAACCUAAUUUGACAUACAGUACCCCUAAACUAACCUAAUUUAACCUACCCCUUAUCUAACCUAAUUUAAACUACCCCCUUAUUAAACCCAAUUUAAACCACCCCUAACCUAACCACUCCAGAUAUAAGCUAACUUUAACGUAACCAAAUGGUCAUGGGCGUUGCUCUGUGAUCCACUAACUAACUCACUCAACCUUCGAACGCCCUUUAACUGCCACAAAAGUUUCACCGGACUUUUAUAUUAUACAAGAGGUGAAAGUAUGUAAAGUAAUAUAUAUAUUUUGGGUUAUUUUUGGUGAUAUUUCAUAGUUUUGUUUAUUAUUUGGGGUUAGAUUUUGUGCUGCUAGAUGUCAUGGGGGCAGGAUUUUUUUUUUAAACACAGAAGAUUGCUCCUCGUCAAAUAUCGUUAUUUACGGAGAUUAAAUUGACUCCCUGUGUGUGUGUGUGUGUCUUAAAAGAUGUCUCAAAGAAUAUGAUUAUUUUCUACGUGCGACUAGAUUUAUUGACGCCCCUUGCAGUGACCUUGGGGUAUGUUAGUGAUGGCUUAAUAAUCCCGUUAUGGAGAUCUGCCGUGGCCGACCACCGCUCUCGUCGUUGUGAGGCGUCGCUCAUUGCUGUAGUUUUCCCGUUUGAGUUCGAGAUGAAUUGUUCGUCUUUGUACAAUGUAUCGAGCUUUGGAAUUUGUGAAAGGGACGCGGCGGUCCAGAGAGAGAGAGAGAGAGAGAGAGUGGACGGCCUACGUACGACGGUCGCGAAAAAAAACAUCGUCAUCGUCGAUCAUCCCACAAGACCGACGUCGCCGCCAAAUUCCCAAACCACCGCCCGUUAUAUAAUCUGACGGCCGUAUCACACUGUUCGCGAAGACUAUAUUGUGAUAGAGGUUUACGGAGGAAUAUCUAGAGCGGUCUAAUAAGACGUCGUACCGCAUGUGAUAACCCCCAUCAUACUCUUAGCCAUCACUGUGCAGCCAUAUACUCUGCAGUGGCCCCGUGAGCAAUAGCUAGUCAUAAGAAUACUCUGUAUGUAUCAUCUAGUCAUAGUCGUACUGUCUUGUACUUAGAUAAAAAACAAAAAAAAAUACAAAAAACCAAGUUUGCAUGAUUCAUCGACGCGUCAUUCCACAUUUGUACGGUACAAAGUUAUGAAAGAUGAUUCAUUUUGACAAGAGUUGGAUCAAGUUCUUAUUUUCUGUCUUGUAAUGUUUGAGUUGUUUUUUUUGUAUUUUUGGAAUUUUUUUUUGUGGGGGGGGGGGUUCAAUUUUGAGUUUGUUGAAGACAGUGAGAUUUUGUUUAUCAUCGUGCGUGAUGGAGUGUUUGUAUAGAUCAAUUUCACACUUAAAAAAAGGAAUAUAUUUCCUCCUUCCCCAAAUGGAAUGAAAUUUACAAACAUGAAUUUCGUCUUUGGUGUAGAAAUAAAAAUUUUUCCCCGACUUGCUAUUUCGGAAUGUCGACAAACGCGACUAGCGGAAAGAGUAAGUUUGUUUUAAAGCUCGUUGGUGGUAAAGGUGUUAUGUGGUGGAGGUGUCGAGCCUUGAUAAAGAAUAUUGUCUUUUAAGUCACGUGAAGAACUUUUUUCUAAACGCUUUGCAGUUCGGGGGGGUUUUUCUUUCGGUCGCCAUGUAAACAAACCCAGGCAUUUCGAAGCAUGUUCUCUUUUGGUUUUCUUUUGUAGGUAAAUAAACGGCAGUGAGGUAGUCGAGGUCACUAACGAUGCCGUUGGCGGCUUUAGCCUCUGUGAAUCACCUGAGCAUUAGCCACCCCCCCCCCCUUCCCCACCCAGAUAGUUUGAGGGUCGUAAAGCUUGGGGGAGUUUGAGGUGAGCACUUGAGGGUUAAUCUACAGGUGAACACUUGGGGGUUAAUCUUCAGGUGAGCACUUGGGGGUUAAUCUUCAGGUGAGCACUUGGGGGUUAAUCUACAGGUGAGCACUUGGGGGUUAAUCUUCAGGUGAGCGACAAAGGUUAACACUGCCAAUAUAAUCUUGACUACACCACUCAUUUAAUAGGUACUAGGUUUAUAUAAGCUACUAAUACUGACUUAAUUAAUUGAGUUGUUUUAUGGUUACUUAAAUGACUGUCCACGGAAGGAUUGUUCAGUUUUAUCUUGUGUUUAUUUAUUCAUCGGAAAAAUUAGGAUCAUGUGAAGAUUAGACACCCUAGUUUAUUGCAACCUUAUGAUUGAACACCGUAACCCGACCCAAUGUAACGUAACUUAACCCAACGUAAACUAACCUAACCUAACCCAAUCUAACCAGACCCCAGGUGACAUAAGGUGCGUCCCAAUUUUCAGGCAAAAAAUAAACUACUAGUGUCUAAUUAUCACACGAGCCGUAAAAGACUUUGUACAUACAGUAUAUAUAUAUAUUUUUUACAUGACGGUUUUAAAACGCAUCGAGACAAUUGAGAUGUGGAAAAAAACAGUCAAUAAUGUGUAAUAUGAAACAGUACUUAUUAUAUAUUAAGUAAUUUAGAUUUUGUUUACAUAAUUUUGUUUUUUUCGAGG